CGACGGUCUUAGGUGUAUUUUACUCCUUAAUUCUUUAAAAAUAACAAUAAUUGUAUUUUUUUAAACAAGUUUAAAGCAAUUAUAUUUAUAUUUUUACUGUUUUGGUAUUUUUACUUGUUAACUAAACUUUUAAUUGAAAUUAUUCAUAGCGGAAAUCCUAAUGUUAAGUAGUUUUUCAGUUGCUAGGAUACUUAACAACACACAGCACAUCACAUACAGGUGGUUUAGAUUAAUGUUUUUAAAUACGACAGUUGUAGAGUAUGUCAGCAAGGUUUUACUAGUAGCAUACACGUUUCCGAGUAAUUAGAAAUGAAGCGUUUUGAAGAAAUUAGGGUGCCCCAGCCUCCAAGAGCUCGAGUGUUGUUAUGGGCAGAUCUAAAGCAGAGUGACUUAGAAGAGCUUGAGAAGACCAAGUCUAUACAAGAGAUUGAAAGGAUUUUAUGUCCAGCAUUGGUCCCAGAUGUGCCUGAGCCCAAACAGGGAAUAUUGCUCGAGCUCUACACAAAUCAAGUGUUGUUCUGCAAGGAGAAACGUUUCAACAGGGAACAAACUUCUGUUCUCAUUUCCAUUGUCAAGAAUGUGCAUCAGUUUAACACAGAAACACCCCUUAACAACAGAGAUGACUGUUUUAACUACUGCAGUGAACUUCUGCUUUGUCAUUCAGUCAGAAGGCCUCCCUUCAGUAUUGAUCUUUUCAACGCUGAUCAAGUGACAGAGAUUUUAUCCAAUUUUAUCAACACAUAUAUAAGACACUAUUUUUUAUACAAAUACAUUUUUACCCCAGAGGUACAUUUGGAUUUAUCAUUGUCCUAUGUUGGAAUACCAGAGAGCACAGGUGAAGAGGAAAUUGACAGAUCUGAGAGCCCUGCAGAUGAUGCAAUAGAAUUCGAAAGGGAGAAAGUGAUGGAUGAAGAUCAACAAAGUGCUGCAACAACAAUAAUAAAAACAACAGAGACAGACGGUUCUAAACAAGGUUCCACACUAAAGUCUGAGCUAAGGACUAUAGUUCAAAAGGAGGUGAGAGAAGAAGUGAUGCGCUUGAAUGCUCAGCUUCAAAAAAGGUUGCAGGAAAGUGCCGAGCAGCUUAAUGGUGCCCUUAGUAAACUUGAGGCUAAUAUUAAAGUUAAAAAAUAAGUUUUUAUAAAUGUGUGUACAUAUAAAUAUAUGUAUUUAGUUACUGUUUUUAAGGAACUCAUUUUGUAAGCUUAAAAGCACAAAAAGUAACUAAAAACGUAAAAACACACAAAACAUAGCAAUUAUAUAUGUAUGCCUGUUGUUUAGAAACAGUACAGUACCUUGAUGAUGAAUGCAUAAUGUCUAGUCAACUGUAAUAAAAAUGAAGAUGAUAAAACA